AAAAAAAAAAAAAACGACAUAUUGAAGAAAAUUGUCCUAACAAAAUCAAAUUGACCCAAAUUUGCUGAUUCCGGGUCCAACUAGUACAGGGAUCCAGAAUGGGGUUUGCUAUCUCUCCCCUGCAUAUCUUUCCUUCCCCCUUGCGCGCGAAGAUCUGAAAAUUUUAAUUUGUUAACCCUUAGAGUCGAAAUUAAUGGAGGCCACAAGAGAUUGGUCGGGUCUUCUUCACGAGAUGUUGGUAGAGAUAGCAAAACACGUAAUAGCAGUGGAAGAUUUUCAUGGCUUUUAGAGGAGCUUGUGCUUCUUGGCGAGCCGCCGCAAGAAAGCUUAAUUUCGCCAAUAUUUCCUCCUCCUCCUCCUUGACUCGAGUUCCGUUGCUAAUGCUCGCGGAAAAACAAGACAACGACGAACGCGAAUUUUACAGCCUCUCGAAGAGAAAGAUCGUCAUGAGAUUACCACUCCCCGAGGCGAAAGGUAAGAUGUGCAUGGACGCCAGAUUUGGGUGGAUCUUAGCCGUUGACAGCUCCGGCGAAGUAAUGUUAUUGUACCAUCUCACUGGUUCUCAAAUCAAACUCCCACACUGUACAACUUUCCCUGAUUUUAAAUACCCCAGCCAGCUUCAAAACUUUUCAAUUUCAUAAUGAAGGCGGUUCUGUCAGCUAACCCUCGGCGCGUAUCGGAUUUUGUUCUAACCGUGAUUUACGCCGGUCGUGCUUUCUUGGGGUUUUGGAGGCCCGGCGACUUGGUGUGGACCCGGUUACUGUCAAGCCCACCCCGAUAUCCAACAUUUCGGGACGUCACUUACCACGAUGGUAAGUUUUAUGCCGUCAGUACCGUGGGCCAAGUUUGCGUGUGGGAUCACAAAUCCUCACCACAUGCCUUCCAGCUCUUCCUGAUCAUCGAUCGAGAAUUCUUCUUGCCGUUCAGGGAAGCAUAUGUGGUAGAAUCAUCAUCAAGCGGAAGCGACGAGUUGUUGGUUGUUACUCGGAAUGGAACUGACGUUAAUGGUUUUGAUGUGGAAGACUUGGCAGAUGUGGUUGAUUGGAGCUAUGGGGUUACUAAUUUCAAGGUGCUUCGGUUAGAUGUCACCAAAUGUGAGUGGGAGGGGAUCACUAGUUUGGGAAUGAACGCUAUUUUUGUUGGGCAUGGUGCUGCUAAGUCAGUUUUGGCUUCUGACUUUCCGGGUGUUGUGAAGCCCAAUUGUAUCUAUUUUACGGAUGAUUGCAUAGAAUGUUAUUGUUACCAUGAGAUCAGUGAAUCAAAAGGGAGGGGAGGAGGCCUCCUGGGUUUAGGAGGUGGCGAGGAUAUGGGAACCUAUAAUCUUGAAGACGGAAGUAUUGAACGAUUUAGUGACAUCCAGUCUUAUAGUUUUAUAUGCCCACCGAUUUGGAUACGGCUCUAAAAACACUGGCUACGGUAGUGAUUAAUUUAGAGAGUUUACAUGCAUUUGCAUUAUUAGUUCAGGUAAGGCCAUAUAUACUUAAUUUCUUGAUGUGUCUUCUGAAGGGAGGAUGAAUUGAGACGCUAGC